CUCAACAGUCCCUGAUAGUCAUACAGUGCACGCUGCUAUUAGGAGGUAUUAGGAAACGCUGUCGUCUUCGCAAGGCAAUUACGAUUUUUGCCAACAGCCUUCCCACAGACACACGAAGCUGAUGUUCGCGUAACAUUCAAGCCCUGUGGUCAUCCAUAAUCAUCUCAUUUAACGGCCGGGCAAGGAGGGAGCGGGCCCGCACGUGGGACUGGGUCGCGGUUUUGUCGAUUUCCGCAGGCCGCGCCCAAAAUUAUUGAGCGAUCAUCAGUGCCUGCAAAGACACUCAGGGCGCCGCUUCAAGCAUGAUUGUGGGCUCGCUUGACUAUUGGCUUGGACGUCAAGUUGAAAGCUUCCCCGCGCCAGCUCACACGGCGCCCAUCGCUAUUCCACCCCGCCCUUCGUCGGUCAGCGCGGCGUCAAGCACGGAGGAGCCAGUCCCCAUCAACCUUGAGCGGCGCUACAGCUUGCUGACCCUCGAGCUUGCGCGCAAGCCUUCGCUGGAAGAACCAUCGCGACGCUGCAGCGCGCUUGGGCUGCCGCGCUCCACGUCUCAGCCGGCAUUUGAAGGGCGCGGCUGGGAGCACAUGUCACGCAUUCCCAAAGCUAAGGCACUUUCCUCGCCUCACCACCGGGCAAUCCUGUCCGCAACCCAUGACGAGCCAGCUCCAUGGACUGCUGAUGAAGACGCGGUUGAUGACUCUGUGGAGCAGGACCCAGGCGGCGGUGCCGCCGGCAGCUGCAAUGAUCUGCUUAAGUACGUGCUGGGGUACGCGGAGGAUGCAGGGCCGAGCUCUAAGCCCACAAGCCGCGGUAGGUGCCGCACCAGCGGCGGCACUGGUACCGUGCAUGAGCAGCGCCGGCGCGAGCACACGCGCGUCUCAGCCCUCGGAUAUGGCUGCGAUGGGUAGCAUUGCGCCACUGCCGCUGUGGCGGAUCGGCAACGGUGCAGUGGCCGUCUCAGAUAGCUCAGGCAGCGCAAAUGCGUUUGCCACGGCAAAUGGGUCAUUUCCCAUGCAUGCCCACAAGCAGCCACCAGCACAAGCAGCCGCGUUUACCAGUUUUCUUGGACCACGCACCACGCCCAAAGCUCACGGUCCUUACGACGGAACAGUGCGCGGAGGUCGGCCGUUGCGGGUGCUUCCGCAUGCCAGCGUGAUGACGCAGCAGGCUAGUGUCCGGGCGGUCUGGGCCAGGUGAUGGUGGCAGGUGCAGGUGCUGCGGUGGCGGCUGCUUCCGAAGAUACCCCCACGACAGUGGACGCGGCAGCGGCGACGCGGGCAGCGCAUGGAAGGACCUCGUAAGGACCUCGCAUUGUUUGGCGCACUGGUCCGGAAGACGUUUGCAAACUGCAUUCGGAAGGUGUGCCGUUCGUGUCUUUACAUCACGUCGCCCAGUGUCUGGCGGCAUGACAUGUUUAAAGCGCAUGGCUUUACGUUGUCGCACUGCAUCAGUGAGUUAGUUGUGGGCGGCUAGUGCUGGCUAGUGCAGCAGCAUUUAUGGACACAGCGCAUGCAUUUGUAUAUCGGGCCUCAUAAGGUGCAGGCCAUAAUUUACUGUCAGCUCAGGCAGCGCCGUAACCAACACCAUGUGGCCGAUCGUCAGUGGUGUUCGCCGCAUACCGAAUCACACAUGCAUAGGGCGAAGGCGGUCCCGUCACUGGAUGGUGGUCGCUCCGUGCGGGUUGGGCGCGGCGCCUGGACGAGGGGGGGGGGGCUGAGGCCCCUGGUUAACCCCGAGGUUUUAUGGUAGUUUGGAAGAAACCCUGCUUUUGGCAACGGGGGCAGGAAAAUUUAUCCGGACGACGGUGCGGGCACAGAAACGAAAGGUUAGCAUACUGCCAUACCUGUCCUGUCCGGGCCGCAAAGUUUUCAUUCCGCAUUAGGGCACGUGGGUUUGGGGGUGUGCUUUCACUGUGUACGCCGCCAUGUAUAUGUUGGCGCAGUGUGUGCAUUUGAUGUUGCGCGCCAUCAAACUGCGUACUAAUGACUCACUGCUCUGUAAUGCUCCCCUACUGUAUGUUGGACACUGUCUUAGAGGCGUUCUUGUGGUUGGCCAGGGGUGGAUUUGGCAACCCUGGCGGUGGAAGAGGAGGAGGCGCACGGCAGGGCGGUGGCGGUGACGGCGGUGACGCUGCUGGCGAUGCGGGUGGCGGGGGAGGUGGAAGAGGAAGCAGGCGCACGCCUGGCGCAGCGCUGCGAGCGGCGGCAGCAGAGGUGGUAGUAGGUGCUGCCACCGGCGCUGCCGCUGCAGAUGCUGUGCAGCAGGGCGGCGGUCACAAAUGCAUAGGGCGGAUGGCGGCCGAGCCAUGCGAGCGGGGCGCGGCGCCUGAACGCGGGUGGGUAGGGCUAGGCAGGGCCCCCCGUUGACCCCCGAGACCAGGGAGAAGAUGACAAGGCCGCGCACAUGUAUCAUUUCGGAUUUCUUUCAUGACUUCUUUCAUGUUUCCAUGCGGGUUUAUCGAUGUAAUGGGUUGGCGGUGCGGGACCGCAGCGGGGCCGCCGGACUGGCGGUGCGUUCACAAAUGUGCUUUUGUUUAAGCUCAGAGGACAAAAGGUUUUGGCCUUCCGCUGGGCUACUAUUCCGCAUGGUGCGUGACGUGUCAGGCCCUGGGCUUGCAUAACACGCCAGAACCAGCGUGUAUACAGCACUUGGGAGAGCACGUUGUGCAGCGCAAAGGCGGGCGGCAAUAUCGGUUGUGAAGCCGGCGUCAAGCCCGUGCGUUGGCGGGUGCUUUGGUGGGUGCUACAAGACUUCUUUGUGUGAGUGUCCAUCAAGCGUUACUCAACCG